UCUUGCAUGAAAACAAGACUCAAAAGGGUAAAGUCGAGUUACAUAUGGAAACUUUACAUAAUGAGUACGCACAACCUCCCCCCCAAAUAAAUUUCUGCUUGAUGCUCAGAGCCAAAGUGACGCAUUUUCCAUCACUGGUAUAAAUACGCAGCAUCAUUUUUCUUCAGCAGCCGACGGUCACAGUUCCGAUCUUCUCUGUGGCACAAUCAGUGCGUCUCUCACACUCCACUAUGUCAUCUGCAAGCUAUCGGAGCGUGUUGCGCAUCAAGCUCUCCAGAAAUUAACCGAAGCUCUCCAAACACUUUUUCUUUACCGGUGAUGGAGAACAACACGACAGCGGCCACUUGGCCUCACUUUGACGAUUCUGACAACAAAACCUUCAGAACCGAAGACAAGGAGGUGAAACUGAGUUAUCAAGUGUUCACAUCCUUCCUUCUUUGUGCGCUCAUCCUGUGCGCAAUUUUUGGGAACGCGUGCGUCGUUGCAGCCAUUGCCUUGGAGAGGUCUCUGCAGAACGUGGCCAACUACCUGAUUGGUUCUCUGGCUGUCACCGACCUGAUGGUGUCGGUUCUGGUUCUGCCCAUGGCGGCGCUAUACCAGGUGUUAAAUCGGUGGACUCUCGGGCAGGUUCCGUGCGAUAUCUUCAUCUCUUUGGAUGUAUUGUGCUGCACGUCAUCCAUCCUGCACCUAUGCGCCAUCGCCCUGGACAGAUACUGGGCCAUAACCGAGCCCAUAGACUACAUGAAGAAGAGAACUCCGAGGAGAGCCGCGGUCCUCAUCAGUGUCACCUGGCUGGUCGGCUUCUCCAUCUCAGUCCCGCCCAUGCUGAUCAUGCGCUCCCAACCCAACAGAAUGGCAGAAGACAGGGCAAACCCAAAGGAGUGCAAGAUAAGACAAGAUCCCUGGUACACGAUAUACUCCACGUUUGGGGCUUUUUACAUCCCGCUCAUUCUGAUGCUCGUUUUAUACGGGCGGAUAUUCAAAGCCGCCAGGUUUCGGAUCAGGAGGACGGUGCGUAAAUCGGAAAAAAAGAAAGUGUCCGACUCUUGCUUGGCGUUGUCGCCGGCUCUGUUUCACAAAAAGACCGCCGUGGACCCGCAGGACCAGAACUGGAGAAGGAGCGCGGAGCCGAGGCCGCUGCAGAGCGUCAACGGCGCGGUCAAACACGCGGAGGACGGCGAGUCUUUGGAGAUUAUCGAAGUUCACAGCAAUUCCAAAGGCAACCUGCCGCUGCCCAACACCCCGAGCUCAGUGCCGCUGUUCGAGAGCAAGCACGAAAAGGCGACCGACGCCAAGAGGAAGAUCGCGCUGGCACGGGAGCGCAAAACGGUGAAGACUCUGGGCAUCAUCAUGGGCACGUUCAUCCUCUGCUGGCUGCCUUUCUUCAUCGUCGCCCUGGUCAUGCCUUUCUGCCAGGAGUCCUGCUUCAUGCCCCGCUGGCUGGAGGAUGUCAUAAACUGGCUGGGCUACUCCAACUCCUUGCUGAACCCCAUCAUUUACGCGUACUUCAACAAAGACUUUCAGGGCGCAUUCAAGAAAAUUAUCAAGUGUCACUUCUGCAGACCCUGA